AUGCCGCGCGAGAUCGCGCCCGAACGCUCGUUUGAGAAAAAAGAAAGCGCGACCGCGGUUCAAGGUCGCUCGUCUGGACCAAAAUCGACUGGGCUAGUCACUGUGGCUUCGUACAGGAGAAGACAUCACCUUGCGGAGGAGGUGCCAGGACUCUACAUUCGGCGCCUAACGCUCGAGGAUCCCAGGAGGAGGGAACCGUCCGGUUCAAGGUCGCCGUCCCCGGCGCGCCAUAUCUGUCAUCCUCGUAGCGGCUGUACGCGCUUGGCGCGAGGUUCCUCGAGCUACAGAUCUUGGCUGGAAAGGAUUCGGAAGGAGAGCCCGGCUUUCUUAACAAUAGUAUCGCUGGAACUCCCGGAAUCGCCGAUUCCUUUAAUAGAGUUCCAAGCAAACGCGCGUUGGAGACGUGACGAGUCCAAUGUAGUCGUGAAAGACAAGGAUGAUAUUUUAGACGAAUUUCUAAAGAGGGUCACGGAGAUUGAAAAGGAUAGAGAAAAAGAAGGCCACGUAGGAAGAAGCAGCGUGUCCCGGAAAAGUCGUCGCAGUAGCAGAAAGGACAGCGAAUCUUUGGAAUGCACGAAAACACCCGCCACACUCGAGGAAUGCACGAAAAACAUUAUCGAAGGACCGAGCCGCGAAGGACCGACUCGACCGCAGGAUACCGGCGACGACUGCAUAUGCUCCGAGAUACCGAAGGAUCUGCGAAUUAACAUUCGCAGGAAGACGGAGAUCGCGCGUACUCCGCCGUGUACUCCGAGUCCGGAAGUGACUCACGCCAUUCGGAUCGCGAUGAAGUAUCACGGCCGGUCGGGAUGCAAAGUCGGAGAGGACGAGAGUCUAGAGGAAGAGGAGGAAGAGGAGGAGGAGGAGGAGAAGGAGGAGGACGACGAAAAGCGAGCGGAUGAAGAGGCGGAGAAUGGCAGGAGGACGAAGAACGAGGGGAGCAAGAAGGAUCUUCAAGGUCCAUCGAACGCGAGGAAGGAAUCGGUGAAGCACGACGCUCGCUGCGUCGGUGCGAACGCCACGUUAGACUUCACGCUAAAUUGCAAUAGCGUGCGACUCACUACUCGUGACACGAGUUUGAAAGCAGCGUCGAGAGGCGAGAGGCAGGAACGGCCGGAAACGCGAAGUUAGUUCGCGUGGGUUUCCUCUCGAAAGUGUUUCGCUCGAGAUCCCGUGUUCCACACGAUGGAUGCUCCGCU